AGCGUAACGUUGUCUAUGAACGUAGCGUUAGUGUUGUGUGUAUGUGAAGCACAUGUUGUGAUCAUUGAAUGGUUUUUUUGUUUACCGACGGCAUUGCGGUAAUUGUGUCCAAAUAAUAAUAAUAAUAAUAAUAAUAAUAACAAUAACAAUGAUCAUGCUAUCAAUGACCACAUCGGGGCGUACGAUCACUGCCCGAGUGAUUGCCCAUUGUUUCCGAUCAGCGCUUCAAACGACACCCAUUGGCCGGAACUCAUCGUCGGCGGCGGCGAUCAUCAAUGGCCUCAACGACAGUGAGUCGGCGUCUUUGCUGUCGUCAAAUACGGCCAGAGUUCAAGUGUCCGACGGCUUAGACAAGAAACUAAGCCAAUUGGAACAAAGUCUUCGMCGGGCUCUGCGGGCCAUCAGUUUAGUCCGUACCGAUACGGCCGCUGUCGCCGAAAACGACACGAUUACUAAACUUUUGCUAACAAAAGACAGAAGCAAAGACAAGUCUGUCUACCAGUUGUUGAAUAGUCUACUGGAGGCCAAUGUAGACAUCAGACACGUACGAGAAGUGUUUGAACUAUACGUAAAUAAUUUAGCGGUAAAACCGACGGCCGUAAUGGCCGGACCUCUUGUCAAACACUAUAUACUUAAAGACAACUAUUCCGAGGCAUUGAACGAAUUCUUACGUUUGGCCGAUGAGUAUCGGAUCACUCCGUGGAAGAGUCAACUGAUUAUGCAUUUUCUUGAAAACGGCGACCAAUCAAACCUACAGAAAGUGAUCGAUGUUUCCGAUAAAAUUCACGGAGAAAUGAAUACAAUAUCCGAUUUGGCCGUAAUAUGUGUCGAAUUGGGAAAAUCUAAACAAGCGAAACGUUUGUUGGACACACCGGGACUUAGCAUCAAAAUUGCCAAAAUCGACACUAUUUGCGAGCGUUUAGUUCGCGAAGAAAAACUUGCGAUUCUUGAAGAAACCAUUCGGUGUUUUCGUAAUGUUUUCGACGCCAAUCGCGACCGAAUGGUCUAUCAUCUUAUCAACGGUUAUAUCAAUCAACAAAAACCGGACAAAGCUCUCGACUGUUGGACACUGAUUCAGGAAGAGGCGAUCAGGCCGUCGGAUAAAACACUGCUAGUGUUGGGUAACUAUUUGAAGGACAGCGGCCUAACUGUUCCGUUUGAAAUACCGGCCAAAAUCCAGUUGACCGACGAUCCUAUUAGAUCUCGUUUCGAUUACGGCAAACAACAACAACAACAAACAGAAGUAUUGAACAAUUCGCAGAAAAAGUUUAAUAUAGCUCUUCAAGAGGGAGACAUUGACACGGCUUUGACCAUCAAAAGCGAAUUGGAAGCCGAAGGCAAGUCGCUAUUGAUGUCACAAAAUUGUUCGCUAAUCGAGUCGUUUCUGAACGCCGACCGACUGGACGAAGCAUUCAGUCUAUCGGAAUCGCUAUUAUCAUCGAAACUGUUUCCAAUGCCACGAAUCAUACGAUUUUUGUUUUCAAAAUUGUCGUCAGCCGGCGAUUAUCAGAAACUGGAACAAUUGGAACCGAUUUUACCCGAAUUUAUUUUGCAACACAACUCGUUUACCAAUUCAGUGGCCAUUGCCUACAUAAAUAGCGGUAAAAUUGACGAAUUGAUUAACGGAAAGUUUCUCCAAUUGAAACCGUUUCCGUUGGGAGGAUAUCUACGGGCACUGGAAGUGCGACCCGAUGUCGAAGAAAAGCUCAUAACCAUAGCUAAUGCAUUGAUACGUGAGAUGGACUAUCAUUUGCCAAUGAAUAUGGUUUGGAUUAAUUGUAUGAAAAGUGGUCGCUAUGAUGACGCCAAACGUAUAUACGAUUCGUGUCCUAAAUUCAAAGAUUUUCUACUAUUUUCAUCACUGUUGGACACUAUUCGCGAAAACAAUAAUACCGAAUUGGCCAAACAGCUAAUCGAAAUGGUGUCGACAUCGAAUCUGACACAGAAAACUAUUGGCGUUGUCUAUUCGGCACUAAUCGAUGCCUAUAUCGGUACCGAUCAGAUUACCGAAGCCGAAGACGUUGUAUUCAAUCAGGUUAUCAACAAUAAUACCACCAGAAUUGAUCCGAAAUCGAAACAACCGGAACAGUUAGUAACUCUCCAACACUUGAAUCGGUCAACACUUAACCGACUGGUCAAAGCUAUUCACGUUAAGGAAAAUCGCGAACCAAAGUUCCCGUCGCCGGCCGGCAGACCACUGGCCACCAGUUCGUACAGCACGACGACUAGAAAUAAUACUGAACGCCGUGUCGAUGAAGACGAUAGCGCCAGUAGUAGUGAUGAGGAAGUGUUGGACGCAAAGAGCAAAUAAUAAAUAAUUUUUUGCCUACAAUACAGUAAAAUCUAGUUAUUAAAUAAAUUCGAUAUUUAAUCAAUGAUUUAAUGUUUUUUUUGUGGUUAAUAUUAUAUUCAUUUGUAAUGCAUUUUUUAAUUAUUGUAAUC